CCCGUCCAAUCCUUCGAGAGCUCUCGCCUCUCGACGAGCGCUCGCGCAGGCGGCAGGAUUAAUAACUAGUCCCCAUUGCUGCCACUUCGGACAAAGAAAAUCUCUUGUGCAAAACAAUCACUUAUUAUUUAAAAAUUUUUAAAUUUAACGAUGAAUACGGUCUUACAUUUUAUAAUCGUGCACGAGUUUCUUUAUCGUUUCUCAGUUCAAUACUUGAACAUUUUCAACGUUGUCAUUCAAAAUUUGUAUGUAAAUGGAUACAACAAGGAUAGAACUACAAGACACAUUUAGUGAUUUUCUGAUGAUCUCAGAUCUGUCAGCAACACUGAUCUAUUAUCUAUAUACAUUAUAAUUAAGUGACAUCCCGUCUGCUACCUAUAGGAUUACAUAUACUUGGAUGCUUGGUAGUUGUGAAUCAUUGUUUAUAAGGAGGUUGUGAUUAUGUAAUGAUAAGAUUUCAAAAAUAUAUAUGCUUAAUAAACAAGCAUAGCAUUCAUUUUACAAACGAAGCAGAAGAAAAUAAUGACAAUAAUUAACGUUUUUUACAUAUUUUAUGCAAUCUAUGCGGCUGUUCAGCAUUCCAAAAUAAAAUCAUAAUUCCCAUUGCAAAAUAUGCUCAAAACACCAGAAUGGUACGACCAUGGGUAGGAUGGCUCUGUAUCCUACUUUUUAUUUCGAUGGUAUUCUAUUUAUAUCUAUCAAUAAAUGCACCAAUCAUACGAAAUCCAUAUUUAGCCUCAAAGACUUUGGAUGUGUCGAAAAAUAGAGACCUACAGAAGACUUUUUAUCACGUUAAUCCAUUAAAUCAUGGAGAACUCUUUGUUAGCAAUAAAGCAAAAGAUUGUUCUACAAUUCAUAUUGCCAUAGUAUGCGCUGGCUACAAUUCUACAGUCACUUUAGUGACUACUGUAAAAUCAAUUUUAUUUUAUCGUACCAAACCUUUACAUUUUCAUAUAAUGGUAGAUGAGAUUGCUUUAAAAACUCUUAAUGUUCUUUUUACCACUUGGGACAUCCCACAUGUUGCAGUGUCGUAUUAUAAAGCUGAAGAAUGGAUUCCUAAAGUAGCAUGGAUUCCAAAUAAACAUUAUUCAGGAGUUUAUGGGUUACUAAAGUUGAUUCUACCUGAUGCAAUACGAGAAAGCAAAAUAAUAGUUUUAGAUACAGAUGUAACAGUUCUCAAUGAUGUUACUUUACUUUGGGAGUUAUUCAACAAUUUCAAUCAAGAACAAGUCUUGGGAUUGGUUGAAAAUCAAAGUAACUGGUACAUAAAACCUUCUCUUUAUAGUACACGUCCUUGGCCAGCUUUAGGAAGAGGCUUCAAUUCAGGAGUUAUGCUGAUGGAUUUACAGAAAUUACGUGCCAAAAGUUUUGCUAAAUUGUGGGAACAUACAGCUGCAGUAGUUUUAAAAGAUAUAUUAGAAACUAGUUUAGCUGACCAAGAUAUUAUUAACGCAGUUAUUAAAAACAACCCCAAGUUUGUUUAUACAAUAGAUUGUAUAUGGAAUGUUCAACUAAGUGAUCAUGCAUUGAGUGAAAAUUGUUAUAGUAAUGCUGAUCAAUUAAAUAUUAUCCAUUGGAAUUCUCCAAGAAAACAAAAUGUUAGACACAAGUAUACACAUGACUUUAGGAAAAUGCAUCAGGUUUUUCUAGAACUUGAUGGAAAUUUAUUAAGAAGACGAUUGUUUGGUUGUCAAACAAAUGACGAAGCAAGUCAGCUUAAUGAGCGAGAUCUAUGUUUCAAAUUCAAAGAAGGAGCAACGAUAAUAUAUAGAACACACACUUUCUUUCUUGAGUUUGAAUACAACAUUGUCAAUUCAGCUGACAUUCUACUGGCCACACAAUGUAGUAUUGAAAGAGUGGCACUUUUGGAAGAACUAGCCAAACACUGGCCUGGGGUAAUAAGUAUUGCUCUCUACCUAUCUGAUAAUGAAGUACAAAGUUUCCUGGAUUUUGUGCAAAAUUCUGAAGAAUUGAGAAAUCGAAAAAAUAUAGCAUAUCAUAUUGUUUAUAAAGAAGGGGAAUUUUAUCCCGUCAAUUAUUUGAGAAAUGUUGCCAUGACACACAUUACUCUUCCAUAUAUAUUUCAAAUAGACAUUGACUUUCUACCUCAAAUUGGAUUGCAUAGAAUUUUAAUGAAUUAUAUCAUCCAGUUGAAUUCCUCAGAACUUCAGCAAAUUGCUCUUGUCAUUCCUGCUUUUGAAACUCAGAGAUACAGGUUCACUUAUCCUUCAUCAAAAGCAGAUCUUUUAAAAUAUUGGGAUCACGGAGUAUUAUAUACAUUUCGCUAUCAUGUAUGGCCUCAAGGGCAUGCACCAACUAAUUUCUCUGUUUACCGAAAUGCAACAGAACCUUAUGAAAUUUCUUGGGAGCCGGAUUUUGAACCUUACAUCGUCGUUUUGAGAUCUGCGCCUACUUACGAUACAAGGUUUAUUGGUUUUGGAUGGAAUAAAGUAUCCUAUAUAACGCAUUUGACAGCUUUAGGUUAUAGGUACAUCGUCUUGCCAGACACAUUCAUAAUUCAUCGGCCACACGCUCCGAGUCGCGAUAUCGGAAAAUUUAGAACAGACGCUUUAUACAGAAGGUGCUUGAAAAAAUUGAAGGAUACGUUUGUUCAAGAUCUGCUGGGAAAAUACGGAGACACGGCCAUGACAAAUUUAAAGAAAAUGUUUCUUACCAAAGAAGAAAAGAAUCAUCAGAAUGUCACAAACCAAAGAUCUCUUCGGAGCAUAAGACAAUCGAUUAGUAUUCUGUAUACACCCGUGCCUUAAUAUUUUCGCAAUCGAAGAAGACUGCAAUGAAUCCCUGUGAUUGAUUAUUAAAGGUUAACUGCUAAUUUCUUUUCGAAUUCUAUAUGUUAUGCAUUUGGACAAAUAUUUACGUUUUCCAAACGAAACUUGCACAUCACUCUGCAUUUUAUUUCUGUCAAUUUGUUAACUAUUUUAUCGACAGUUGGAAAAAAAUAUUUUGAUCAAAUUUGUUUGGAUUCAAAGUACAGAAUUAUUUUUUAAUCGUCUAUACAUCUAUUAUUGAUUGUGAUUAUAGGUGGAUUGCUUAGUAUAUAUUUUUUAAUUAAUCUUUUAGUAGACAUUAGUGAAAAAUGAGUUAAAAAGCACUUCAAUAUAUACAUGUUUUAGGGACACUUAUAGUUUCGCAUUUUGAGUGUGUAUAGCUUGUAGAGACAAUUCUCCUCGUAUAUUCUUCAAAGUUAUAUACUUUCGUUUAACUCUUGUUUCUAUUAAGACUGUGUAAUCGCUAACCGUAAAAUUCAAAGUAUACUUUCCUAUAUACCCUAUCGGAGUGUUAUUAAAAAAGAUUGGUCCAAAAACCGCCGAACAGUUUCACGACAAUAAAAAAUUGCAACACGAUGUUCUGUAAUAAGUAUAAGCAUUUACUGUGUUAUUGCUCCGUGUGUUCUAAUAUUUUUAAACUCAAUUCGAAUUUUCGUCUACCACAUAAUAUGUACAUCACAAUUUUUACACGUUGUUAAUAAAAUAUUCAUCUAUAUUUAAA